ACAGUCUCUUUGGUGUUCACUCUAUAUAGCUGAAUAGACACACUUCCAAAAUGGCUCCAGAUAUCAAGAUGUAUUUCUGCAUUCAGCUUGUUAUUGCACUAACAGGCACAGGAAUAGGAUCUGCCCUGCCAGGUAAGAGCCACAGUGGAGGGAAGAACGACCCAGUGCUGCAGUAUGUCGUGAACAACUCACUGAGAGAACAUCCUGUCAUGACCAAACUCAGACUGAAAACCCUUGAGGACCCAUGGAGCAUCAUGCUGGUUGCUAGUGAACAAGCACAACUGAUGGCAAAUUUGGCCAAACUGAUUAACGCCAGCAAAACCAUUGAAAUUGGGAUGUACACGGGGUACAACACCCUGAACAUGGCGUUGGUUGUACCAGAGAGUGGUCAAGUGGUAGCAUGUGAAAUAGACGACGAAUACGUGAACAUUGCUAAACCUUUCUUUAAAGAGGCCGGAGUCGAGGAUAAAAUUAAUGUCCGUCUUCAAAUGUGUAUAAAAACACUGGAUGAGUUGAUAGCUGCUGGGGAAGCUGGCACCUAUGACUUUGUGUUCAUCGAUGCGGAUAAACGGAACUAUGACAGAUAUUACGAGAAGUCUCUUGAGCUUGUGAGACAAGGGGGCAUCAUUGCCAUCGAUAAUGUAGGCUAGUUGAGAACAAGUUCUCAUUUACAACUGCGACCUGGCCAAGAUUAAGCAAAGAAGUUCGACACAUGGAACAACACAGAGUUACACAUGGAAUAAACAAACAUACAAUCAAAAAUACAAUAGAAAAAUCUAUAUACAACAUGUGCAAAUGAGGUAGGAUAAGAGAGGUAAGGCAAUAAAUAUGCCAUGGUGGCGAAGUAAUUACAAUAUAGCAAUUAAACACUGGAAUGGUAGGGUGUACAGAAGAUGAAUGUGCAAGUAGAGAUACUGAGGUGCAAAGGAAUAAGAUAAAUAAAUAAAUACAGUAUGGAGAUGAGGUAGAUUGGAUGGGCAAAUUACAGAUGAGCUAUGUACAGGUGCAGUGAUCUGUGAGCUGCUCUGACAGCUGGUGCUUAAAGCUAGUGAGGGAGGUAAGAGUCUCCAGCUUCAGAGAUUUUUGCAGUUCGUUCCAGUCAUUGGCAGCAGAGAGCUGGAAAGAGAGGCGGCCAAAGGAGGAAUUGGCUUUGGGGGUGACCUGCUGGAGCGCGUGCUACAAGUGGGUGCUGCUAUGGUGACCAGUGAGCUGAGAUAAGGCGGGGCUUUACCUAGCAGAGACUUGUAGAUGGCCUGGAGCCAGUGGGUUUGGCAACGAGUAUGAAGCGAUGGCCAGCCGACGAGAGCGUACAGGUCGCAGUGGUGGGUAAUAUAUGGGGCUUUGGUGACAAAACGGAUGGCACUGUGAUAAACUGCAUCCAAUUUGUUGAGUAGAAUGUUGGAGGCUAUUUUAUAGAUGACAUCCCCAAAGUCGAGGAUCGGUAGGGUGGUCAGUUUUACGAGGGUUUGUUUGGCUGCAUGAGUGAAGGAUGCUUUGUUAUGAAAUAGGAUGCCGAUUCUAGAUUUAAUUUUGGAUUGGAGAUGCUUAAUGUGAGUCUGGAAGGAGAGUUUACAGUCUAGCCAGACACCUAGGUAUUUGUAGUUGUACACAUAUUCUAAGUCAGA